AGAAAACAAAGAUGGCGCCUACCUGUUGCACUGAACUUGGUGAAAAGUACUUCUGCUUUCUAAAUCAGGCGUUUAUUUCAGACCCCGAAAUGUAAGUUAGUUAAUUUUUUAUUUUUAUCAUCCUCUGCACCUCAACAUCUUGAUUUAGAACCUUAGUUCUUCGUUUCAUGACUAAUUUUCUCGUGCUUCCAUGUUACGGAAUUAAAAUUUCAUUCGAUUGUACAAGGGUCGUGUUUUUGAUUAAAGAACACGAAACGUCCUUUUUUUUACCUUCUUUUGGUUUUUAAGGAAAACUGGUGAGAUUAAUCUGAUAAAAUAUUUGCACAAAUUUUGCUGAGUAGGCUUAUUACUCAGCAGAUUCAAGAAAUAAGUAGCUAUGUUUUGAAAUUAAGUCCCUAAAAGUUAGACAAUUUUCCAAUUUCUUCCUCCGUUUUAAUUGUAGGGAAUUUUAUGGCAAUCAAUAUCAACUCAAUUUUGAAUUUUAAACAUAUUUGUUAUAUGAGCGUUGUCAUGUUUUAACAAUAGUUUAUUUUGGUUUUCAAACAAGUACUUGUUAUGUUUUUCAGUGAUGAAGUCGAUGUGAUACCUUGUUUUGACUGCUGUGGGAAGCAAAAUAAGGAAACAGAAGAUUUCAUUAUUCUAGUAAACCAUAAACUCGGUAUUAAAUCGUGUUGCUUGAGGCCUCUUUUCUUGUUUGCCUAUAAAAUGCUCUUGAAGAGAUGUAGAGAAAGGGAGAAGGAUUGUAGUCUUUCAGGUAUCUGUUAUUUUUUUUUUCUCAAAAGCAUUUCAAAUUUUUUUAUGGUUUAGCACUCAAGUCAGAUUAAUUCAUAGCUAUGUUUUUUCAUUUGAAUUUCCAGUGACAGAGACUGUUCAACUUAGUAGAGCUGUUUUGUUAGUGAAUGCCGAAUGUUACACAGUGUGGAAUAUAAGGUAAUGAGGGAUGAUAUGGGAUAAGGGUGCAUCAGUGGUAUGGAAUGCAACCUGUUUCAAGUGCUUGUGUUUCUUAAGCCUGAUUGCUAUACACUGCUACAUCUGAACCCAUUUCCUGUAGCAUAAAGCCUGAAGUAAGAAUAAGAACUAGGAAACUCUGGGAUGGAGGGAGGAGUGUAACCUUGGAUGGGCUAGUAUCCUUGUAUACAAGAAGAGUGGAAAUGUACCAGUCCAAAAAAAAUAGAGAUAAGCACCAGCAUGGGCUUGUGGGCAUGCAUUAAGACUUAACCCUGCCUUGACUUAGAUAGAUUGCUAAUCCAUUGCAAUUAACCUCCUCCAGUAAUCAAUCAGGUUUGUCUUACAGUUCGUUGAUACCUACUUGGGUAGAUGGGGAAGUGCUACAUGUCUUUCCCAAGAACACAAUACCAUUACCCUGGACAAGGGCUUAGACCAGGCCCUCUUGAAUGUUUACUGUUCUACUCUUAACCUUUUAACUCCCAAGAUCUCAUUUGUAAUUCUCCUUACUAUCUGUGAUAUAAUUCUUGUGAUGUUAGUUCAGAGAAUUUGGUACUUGAUCAACUAAUAAUCCCCAAAUUAAUAUUGUUCUUUAUUCCCAUUGUUUGUCUGCUUGAUAUUGUAUUGAUAUUGUAAGGAGAAAUUCUGUCUUGGUCACUCACGGGAGUUAAAAGGUUAAGGGAGACCAUUAGUUAGAGAAUUUCUCUGAAGUCACAGCAUAAAAAACAUUUUUAAACAGAAGAGUACUUGGAAGAAUGCAUGAUUUGGGAUAAUGGGAUUUACUGAUUUAACACCAGAUUCUCUCUACUUUAACCAGAAAGGAACUGAUAUCUGCAGGAGUUUUAAGUCUGGAAGAUGACAUCAAGUGUUCAGCUCUUGUUCUUUCAAAACACCCCAGGAGUGCUGAAACAUUUACUCACAGGUACCAAAUAAGCAAUAUUAAUAAUUUAUUAUUAAUCACUCUUCUGGGGCAAAGUCACAUACAUUGCCAAGAAAAUUGUUAAAACUCUCCAGAUUAGCCAUGUGACCCCUUAAGAGUAGCUAGCAUUUAAUUUUCCUCACAAUAUCACCCCUGAAUUAAACAUUAAGUUCACAAGAAUGAAGGAAAUGAUCAUUAAGUUUGAUUGUUUAUCAAAUUCUCCUUGUCAGCACCUUAGGAAAUGAAUAGAGAACAGUAUAGAGAAUGUGCAUACUGAUGUAAGGGUGUCAUGGAUUAAGUAGUCUGAUGGUAAUUUGUUGGAUUUGUAAGCAAAGAGAAAGAUAAUCUUGAUGUGAUUAACUUACAUUUGUGAAGAGAAUGGGGUCUGUGACUGUGGAUGUUUUGUUUCUUGAUCCCCAAAGGAGAUGGACAAUAGAACAGCUUGAGAAACUUAAAGGCCAGGAUGAAUUUGUUCAUCGUUGUUUGAGGGGUGAACUUGCCAUAUCUCUACGAGCUGCUGAGAGCUAUGCCGAUAACUACACUGCAUGGAGUCACAGAUCAUGGCUGGUGGAAAGAUUCAUGAAAGACAGGAAAAAAGUAGGUUUCUAGUCCAAGAAAUGACUACAUUAUAUCUUAAUAAGAAUUGUGCUUUUUUGUGCUCUGUCAUGUUGAAUUCUUGGCUAAAAUAGUCACAAGAGAUCAGGGAUGUUAGGGGAUUUAGCAAACAAAACAGCAACCAUAUAUUUGGGCAUCAUAUUUGGAUUAAAAAGAAAUGAAUAUUUUUUUGUCCUAAAUGUGCAACUUUGUCUUUGUAGAGAUUAUUUUGUGAACUUCAAGUCAUGAGAAAGUGGACAGAAAGGCAUAUAUCAGACAACUGCGGCUUCCAUCACAGACAAGUGUUACUGAAAUACCUCAAGAAUGUAUGGUAAGUAAGCUGUUGUAAUAUCUAAUGAAACUGCUUUGUUUGAACAAUUACCACAAAAGUGAUGAUAAAAAAGUUUUAAAUAUUUUACUCGUUUGCAAUGGUUUUGUUACUAUGUCUCAAUAGCAUCCCUUUUUUUGGUUUUCCCUAAGUGAAAUGUUUAGUUCUUGGUAGUCAACAGUCCACACUUUUUUCAAUCUAUUUGUCAUAAGUAAUUGAAAGGAUUUUGUGGUGUGUUGUUAACAGAUGUCAUUUAUUUUCUGCAGUUCACACAGUGAAGUUUUGCACUUGCUGCUGUCAGAAUUGGAAUUUACCAGUGAUCUCAUUUUAACCUUCCCAGGGCAUGAGGUCAUUUGGUAUCACAGGUACAAAUAACAAACCUAAAUAGUACUUUACUCCCAUAAUUUCCCUGAGAAACUAACUGACCUCAGCUCUUGUGAGACUCAGACUUAGAGGGAUGUUUAGAUGGCAAGUGUAAUUGUUAAUUAUUUUCUAUAGCAAGAGUAAAAAACUAUGACUUCAGUGCUAUAAGGUGCACUCUGACUAAUGAAUUAAUUAAAAAUACAUCUAUCUUCCGUUUUUAUUCUAAAAAUAUUGCCUGUUCACCUUAGCUCCUCUCUAAACAUCUGGAUUGUAAUGCUUUUCAUAACUUAAUUAUUAAUGUUUUUGGAGGGUGUCGGGUUUGUUGUGAUUGUUGUUUUUUAGUCCUGUCUGGCAAUGCUAUCCUCUAACCUAAUCUGCUAUGACUAUAGAGCAAAUAAAAUAUAAUUAGUUUUCCAUUCUCAGGGAUAACCCUGCUAAUAUCUGUGAAAUAUCAAAUGGCAUGAUUGUAAUGAGGCUGUGUUCAUUUUUCAGGAGAUUUGUUUAUCAUUUUUGGAAUAAAUUCUGUACCCCUGGUACCUCUCUGGGUACACUGCAAGAGAUAUCAGGUUCUUCAAAGAUUGGUGAUAACAAUUCCUUAGAAAAUUGUAACAGAAUGUCAAGAAGAUCUUCUCCAUCAACCAUUCCUUCACUAUUUGAUUUAGCAAGUAGCUCGUUCAACUUGUUAAGAGAGUUGAAAUCUGGAUUUAAUUCAUGGACUUCUGUUUCUAAAGAGCUGACAAAUGAUGACAUGUUGGUGCCUCUGUCCACCCCCUCUGAGUUGAGGUUUUGUAAUGAUGUAGUUAUUAGAUGCCAAAGUGUGGAGGGUGAGAUACAGAGGAGAUUUGCAUCAAAUUAUAAAAAAUGGUUACUGCUGCAAAGUAAAUGUUCAUCUGAUGGCUGCAAUGUAGGAAUGUCAAGCACUGGAGAAGUAGCUACAGAGAGCUGACAGGGGAUAUUUGUUUGGGUUCCUCUGGCCACUUCUUCAUCAAAAGUGGAAUCAUUUCUAGUGCAGAGUUAAUAACGCUUUCAACAUGUGGCAUCUGUAUGUAGUUAACUCAGGAUAAGUGCUUAACAGCCAAGCCAAGCCAUAAGCAUGAAGAUGGCCAAGUGGGUUUUUUUAGAGUAUUAUAUGUCUGUAAAGCAGAAGUGACGGACUCAAAACUGCCGAUGGGCUUUUUUUUCUCUUCGAAAGUGGAUUGGAUUGUCGUUUAUAGACUUCAGCAAAAAGUGACAACAAAUCCAUUACCGGUAUAAGGACCAGUAGAACGUAGGAAUCGCUCGGCGUUGCUUGAGUAUAAUGCAAUGAAUUACUAAAGUUAUUUACUUAAAAUACUAGGUCUUGUCUUUUGAAAAGAAAAGCAAAAGUUUCGCAAGAGGAAUGAUAAAAGACUGUCAUCAAUCUUUUGACCAGUAAUAGUGACUGGCUCCUUAUUUCUCCCUACGUUAUUACCUUGAAUCAACUUUAGGGGUCAUGAGAGUUAAAGAAAUGAUCAUCAACCAAAAAAGUUCUUGAUUGUUAGACAAAUUCUCCUUGUCAGCACCUUAGGAAAUGGAUAGAUAACAGUAUGGAGAAUAUGCAUGGUGAUGUUAGGUUGCAAAGGGUUAAAUUGUCUCAGUAGAGACAUGAAGUAUAGGAUGUGUAAUUUUCAAAGUUAUAGCAAUGACUUUAAUCGGUUUGUUAGAGAUCGUAUCCCC